AUGAAUGGCGAGACCAAUGGCACGAACGGAACAAAUGGUGUUCACAAGCCAAAGUACAUCGAAGGCGCUCUGGUGCCAGCCGUACACAGAUACGGCGACAACCCAGUAACCAUACGACUAUCAGACGAAGAACUCAACAGCGACAAGACGAACUGGGAUACGAUCCAAGAAGUGCUCAAAUACUACCAUCGAGAUGGCCUCGUGGUGCUCGAGAACGCAAUCCCAGAACACAUGAUCGAUAUCCUCUACAACAAGAUAGUAGAAGACAACGACCGCUAUCUCAACCAACCCCAUAUGACCUGGAAUCAAGGCGCGGGCCCCAAGAACGUCUCUCAAGUCCCGCCCCUCAAGCCAGAGUACCUCUACCGCGAAGUCUACGCCAACAGCCAUAUGAUUCGCAUCCUCGAGAACCUCCUAGGCCCACGCCCGGAAUUCCGCUUCCUCAAUUCCAACGUUGCAUGUCCAGGAGGGUCCGGCCGUCAGGCCGUGCACAGCGAUGUUCACCAUGAUUUCCCGACCCAGCCGUUCGGCGUGGUAAUGAACACCUACCUCCAGGACUCCAGCGCCGCGAAUGGCGUGACGGAAAUCUGGUGCGGCACUCACAACGCUUACCCCAAGACCACAGAUAGUGUUCAUGACCAACAGCUCCAUGCCGAGACUGGGUGGAUUAAGAAGGAGUACAUCCAGAAGCAGGCCAAGAUCAAACCACCCGUCCAACCAGAGAUCAAAAAGGGAAGUAUAGUCUUCCGCGACCUCCGCCUCUGGCACGCAGGUAUGCCCAAUACCUCCUCCCACCAUCGCAUUAUGCUCGCCAUCGACUACUUCGCCGAAUGGUACCAAUGUCCCAUGGCUCUCAAACUCCCCUCCUCUAUCCGCAAGGACGUGGAGGAGAAGUGGGAGAUUAGUACGAAAGGGAUCGAGUGGGUGGAAGGCGAGAUGGACUGUCUGGAGCAGCCUUUCUUCCUCAAUAUGACGCAGGAUCCGAGUAAGUAUAUUGUGCAGACGGAGAAGGGGUUUGAGGAUUGGCGGGCACGAGAAACGGGGCGGUGGGAUUUCGAUAAGGGAAAGGUUGGCGAGAAGAAUUAUUGGACGGCUGAGGAGUAG